GAGAGCCAGAGAGGCAAGGACAAACUUUUGCUGUGGAUCUGACCCCCCUGCUAGUUCUCAGCUCUGCGAUGAUCUAAAGAGUAGCAUGGCCAUGGAAACCCAGAGACUGAUCCCAGCUCUCCUUCCUUGCAUCGAUUUCCUCAAGACCUCCCAUGUCCGUCUUGGGGCUGAAUCCCAGAUGCCAAAAGGUGUAAUGGGAAGAACUACUGUUCAGGAGCACUACCCUCCACGAUGGGGCAAUCACAAGCCCAAACCCAUCCGGCCUCCUCGGUGCAAAGACAUUUUCCAUUGGGACCCCAAGUACACUGGGGAGAUGACUACAGAAACGUACCGGGCCUACCCUCCCUGGCCACUGCAAAAGCCCGAAAAAGGACAGGUCAUGAACCAGCAAGAGACGAGCUUCCAGAUGCACGUAGACUCGAAAAUCACCCAUUUCACCUCCACCUCCACCAUGAGAAACAGCUACCGGGUUCCCAGACACCAAGAUUCUGAGGGCAAGAAAGCCACCGAUCUGUUCGGCAAAGACAAUAUCCCCAGCGGGGACAGAGAAAAACUUGGAAUCCCGCUCACUCAGAAUCGUGUUGCCUACCAGCCUCAUGUGACCAGUCCUGUGGCCCAAGCACCGGCUCAACAUUUGGGAGGUGUCUCCCCUAUUCGGGGAAAUAAUCGCCAAUACUUUGAGAGCGUAUACCAGAAAGAGUUUCCAGGUGGUUGGGUUCCCCCAGCAGUGUUACAUGGAAAGCCUCCCACCUCUGUGGUGUUCGGAGAUCCCAGUGACAACUACAGCCUGAAAAUGUCAGAACAGAAAACUGCUUUCAAAGAGCAAGCCCUGCCCCAUGAUCGGUACAACAAAGAACAGGCUGCAGCCCAGAUCUUCCACGUGAACCUUCAGCCAGGUGACAGCCACCUCCGAUUCCACACCACGAUGGCCAGAGACUUCAACUACGCUGAUCCAGGAGAGCCGGUGGCCAUUGAUACCAAAGACAAGGCCCACCCAGUUUCCUCCAGGAGAAAAAGAGAAUCGGAUUCGAGGGAAUUCAUCACCACCCACAACCACUUCUAUGCUCCGGUGGAUCGCCAGAACUAUGCUCCCAAAGAAAGGCUGACAUGGAAUAAGACUCAAAGCCAUGUAACCCUUGGGGAUAUGGAGCUAAAGCCCCAGCACUUCACCACCAUGAACAAGACGGACUACCUGCCACCCAAGGUUUACCCGGAGAAGUUAGACAGCCAACUUCUCAAGGCCAGCAACAUCAAGUUUGCCUGGGAUGAUGACAAAAGACACCUGACCACGUAUCGUCAAGUGAUGCUGCCCCACGGCCCCGGGAAGACCCCACAACGCGAAGAGUUGCAAAAGAGGAUCUCCUACAGCCAUCUGAUCCUCCCGUGGCAAGAUCGGCGUUUCUUCUCCACUGAGUACGACGAUCAAUUCACCUUCAAGUACACUGGCCCCCUGGUCCUGAUCAAGGGCAACUUACAGAUGAGCAGAGUGCCCCUGGGCAGUUUCCAAGACUAUAGGUACUACAAGAAGUGGGGGUCACCAGCUAGAGCUGCACACUGAGGAGCCCUCUAUGCACCAAACUACUCAGAAUAAACUUCCCAAC